AACCAUUAACAUUGAAUACCAACCCCCGUUAAAGCCCAUCGAAGAAGAAGAAGAUUGAGUAGAGAGGGAGAGACGAAGACAGGUUGAUAUACAUCAGGACAUCGUUAUGGCUUUGCGGCACGGUUUGGACUCGCAGAUAGUAAUAGUUGGCUGUGGAAUAUCUGGUAUUGGAGCAGCUUUGAAGUUAACCAAACAUGGUUUCCGCAAUGUGAGGAUCCUGGAAGCGACGGGGCGGAGUGGAGGAAGGAUAAAGACGGGCAAAAUGGGUAAUAACAUCAUAGAGAUUGGUGCUAACUGGAUCCAUGGUCCGUCGGAGGCUAACCCAGUGUUCUGUCUGUCCAGACAGUACAGCCUGCUGGACCCAGAGAGCCUGACUCCGGAGAACCAGGACCUGGCUAUAGGAGGUCACCCACCAUGGGUACCAAACUGGUUCUCCAGCUCCGGUCAUAAGCUGACUCCAGAGCUGACGGGUCCUGCUGUAGAGCUGUUUGCUGAGGUGUUGGAGGAGGGAGGAGAGUUCAGCGAACAGGGAGGAGAACCGUACAGCAGUGUUGGGGAGUUCAUAAGGACAGAGGUGCGUCAGCGUGCAGCAGAGCGGUGGCAAGGUGACAGUCUGUCCUGUCAGUCUGUCCGUCUGUCUUUGAUCAGUACUCUGCUGAAGGUGGAGUGUUGUGUGAAUGGAACACACACUCUGGACACGCUGGGCCUGGGAGCCUUUGGACUGUACAAAACCUUGCCUGGAUUGGACUGCACCUUCCCCCGAGGUUAUGAAGGGUUAAUCACCAACUUGAUGAACGAGCUUCCUACUGGGGUAGUCUCCUACCAUCGACCAGUCAGCUGUGUCCACUGGCAGAGGGUGGUGAGGAAAGGAGGGAGAGAGUACCCUGUAGUGGUGGAGUGUGAAGAUGGAGAGAGAAUCCCAGCGGACCACGUCAUCCUCACUGUCCCUCUCGGUUAUCUGAAGAAGCAUCAUGGUACCCUACUCUCCCCUCCUCUACCCCUUCACAAGCUGCACUCUGUUCAGAGGAUGGGCUUUGGAACCAACAACAAGAUCUUUGUGGAGUUUGACCAACCCUGGUGGGACGACGACUGUGAGGUCAUAUACCUGGUCUGGGAAGACGAGUCAGACUUGGUGGACCAGGUAUCAGAUGUGGAGAGACUCUGGAUCAAGAAACUGUUUGGUUUCACUGUCCUCAAACCCACUGAGAGGUAUGGCCAUGUGUUGUGUGGCUGGAUCGCUGGUCAUGAGUCUGAGUACAUGGAGACUCUGCCAGAACAGGACGUCACACACUCCAUAACACACCUGAUACGCAGGUUCACAGGGAACCCAACCAUCACCCCACGGCGUGUCCUGAGGUCUCAGUGGUUCCAUGACCCAUGGACCUGUGGCUCCUACACCUACACCGCCACUGGAACCUCACUGCAGGAUAUACACAACCUGGCUGAACCACUACCACAACAAGGGGAACAGCCUCUCCAGGUGUUGUUUGCUGGAGAGGCCACCCAUCCUUCCUUCUUCUCCACUGUCCAUGGAGCGCUGCUUACUGGCUGGAGGGAAGCUGGUAGACUCAUAUCUCACUACUCCGCGCCCAGCACAUUCCAGCCAACCAGAUCAAAGCUAUAAGGACAAGAACUCACUCGUUGUAAAAGUGUUAUAUACUGAACAAAAAUAUAAAU